CCUCUCUAAAUAACUUUAGUGGGUGUUACAAACAUGACACGAUGUCGAGAGUCUAGAAGAGGAAACGGACGUUAAUCUCUCACAGAGAGGGAUGAUGGCCCCGUCUCACUGCCUGAGCUGGUGCUUCUUAAUCAGAUCUGCGCUCCUUGUUUGGGUCUUCCUCCAUGAUGUGGAGGCCUUUGUUAAAAACUCUGUCAUUCAUAAAAAAGUUGGAGAUACUGUGAAGCUUUCAUCAGGCUUAUCAACUGAAGGGGUCACCGUUGCACAAUGGAAAUAUGGACGUAUAAAACUUGCAGAAAAGAGUGGAGUUGUUUCUGGAAACCAUCAGUUUCAGAGCAGACUAGAGUUCAACCCCACUGACUUCAGUUUAACAGUGAAGAAACUGACUCUUCAAGAUUCUGGGGAUUUCAUUUUAAUCUCAGGGACAAAUAACAAGCAAAGACCUUCAGUCGUCAUAACUCUGAAAGUUCAUGAGCCCAUAACUGAGCAGCCCAUCCUGACCUCCAGAAGUAUUCAGACUUUUCUAAAUGGAUCCUGUGUAGUUUUGUUGGAGUGUAAAGCAGCUUCUAACGUCAGCUACAGCAUCACUGUGGGAAACCAAACUUACAAUGAAUCCAGGCUGCAGUACAUCAUCAGAGCACAAGAUGGAGGCACAACAUUCAGCUGUACAGUCUCUAAUGUUGUCAGCCAGAAAUCGGCUUCAAAGACAGUGACAUGUGACCGUCCUGAAGAAGGGUUUACUAAAAUCAUAUUGAUUGUUAGGCUGUUUAUUGGAAUCCUGAUCAUUUUUCUGCUGGUCCUGGUCCUUCACUUCACAAACUCAAAGGAAAUACUCUGUAACAGAUCUUUCCCAGGGAUUUUUGGAAAGAAAAGUUAUCUUGGAAAACGAAAAACACAUAAUCCAGAGAUCCGUGGGCCACCAUCCUCAAAGACAUGGAAGCCUUUCAGUUUCCAUGUCUACCUGUUGAAUUGUAAAGCAGAAAUAACACCAUCGUCCUCUCAGGAAUUUGAGCUUGCCCAGACAGGACUGGAUAAAAGACAUCUCACAAUGUCCAGGGACAUGAGCCAUGAAGAGGCUUGUCUAAGAAAGGUCCAAACAGUUUCUGUGACACCUCCCCCAGAUCACACUGACACAGAGGAAUUGGAUGAAGAGAAACUUCCAUGUCCAGUCUGUAACUUAAAAUUUGCACCAAACUUCCUCAAAAUCCAUGCAAGCAUAUGUGGAGAAAGAAGCAAAGAUGAUCUCACAAUGGAUGAGAUUAAGGGGAACAAAGGAGAAGAGGAGCAUAUUAAAAGUAUUGAUGAUGUAUUGAAUACCAUUUGGGAAAGAGUUGAUGUGGAGAAACAGUUCAACAUCCACAUUUCAAGAACAAACAUUCUGGAGAGAGGCCUUCUGCAGUGGCAGCGUCAAAAGACAAAGACACCGACUGCUACGUUGAACGUGUCCUUCUUUGGGGAAGCAGGAGUCGACAAUGGUGCACUUCGAAAAGAAUUUCUCACAGAAAUGGUGGCCAAAAUUGAGACUCGUUUCUUUGAGGGACCACCACACCAGAAAAGUCCACGCUACUCACUGACUGACUUUGACAAUGGAUUCUUUAGGACCAUUGGAGAGAUUUUGGCAGUUAGUUUGGCACAAGGAGGUCCUGCCCCUGCGUUUUUCAGCCCAUGGGUUUACAGUUACUUCUGUAACGGAGAGAUCAACCCAACGCUUCUCGACAAGAAUACAGUGGCAGAUUCACAGCUGCUUUCACUGAUUGACCAGGUGGAAUCCUCAACUGAACAGACAGUUGAGGGUCUGACCGAUGAGAUUUUAAACUGUGGAUUCACAGGAGCUAUCUCAGUUCAAAACAAGGAGCUGAUUGUUCGAGCCAUUAUACUCCAUGCAGUGCUUAAGCUGCAGCCAAUGUUGGAAGAACUUAGGGAAGGUUUGCAGCUGUAUGGCCUUCUUGAGCUGAUUAAGCAGCACCCAGAUACCUGCCAGCCUCUCUUUGUCCCAGGGGAAGAUGUGAAAGUUAAUGCAGAGUUUGUCAUGGCAUCCAUUCACCCUCAGCUGAGUGAAAAGGGAACCACCAGGCAUCAGGUUGAGCUGGAGAUGCUUAACUUCAUCCAAGACUUUCUUUAUGAAUCAGAAGAAAGUCCAGAGCAUCUAGGUGAUGAAGGUGGUCCAAGAUCUGUUACACCUGCCAUGUUUCUGCAGUGGAUCACUGGUCAUGGUCAUAUUCCGCUCCUUCCCUCAGAAAAAAAGGACUUUGCUGUGGUGAUCAAGUUUAACCAUGACUGUGGUGCUGACUUUGGAAACCACAGCAUCUGCUAUCCUCUUGUAUCUGCAUGUGCUAAGACCAUCGUGCUGCCUGUCAAACACAUGAAGUCCUAUGAUCAAUUUAAAAUGGUUCUAAUGGAGGCUUUUCAUCUUGGCCAGGAUUUUAACAAAGAGUUACCAUUGUCUUCUCCUGGUUUUGAGGUUUAACUCAAGCCAAACUGUUAUGCAAACUGCUGUUUUUUAUUUUUUUUUUUGUUUUGUUUAGUUUUUUUUUUUUGUUUGUUUUUUUAUCAAUUUCAUGUUCAAGUUAAAGAAACACUUAUAUACGUUGUAUAUAAUUGUAUAUAAUUAAGCAAGCGGAGUGAAGUACAGAAAGAAUUUACAGUUUAAAAGUUAGUUUUACUUCAGAGGAAACAGCAUGCUGUUUGCAAUGAGAACCUUUUAUUCUCCAUGUUUCAACAAAUAAACAUAUUAAAACGAACCUUCUCUGUGUUGAAAAGUCAAAAGUAUAUUAACAUGGAGUUCAGAACUUUAAUACUGUAGAAAAGACACCGGACUGACCAUGUAAAUGAGGAAAAGUUUAUGCAGAAGUUCAAAUCAAAAGGCAGACUCAGUGUACUUUGUAUGUUAUGUGUACAUUAUGUAUGUAAUGAUUUAACCAUUAGGUAGAUAUUUAACAUGUUUGCACUGUUAUUUUGCUAACAGAUAACGCCACAAUGACAUGGCUUUAAAUUUAAAUGACCAAUAGUGCAAGAGUGCUAUUUUCUAUUGUAUUAGUAUUUUGUCCCCCUCAUGUGCACAUUUUUAAGCACACUUUAAAGACAGUUUGUGUCAUCUUUAAUUAAAUAAUCUUAAA